CAAAUCCACCCCGGACAUCUAUCGCCAGGACCCUGACACACACCCCACGAUCCGAUGUACCGUGCCCCCGCUUUCUCACACCUACUAACCGACACUCUCUCGUAUGUGCCACCCCGCCACCCUCCCUUUCACUCUUCCUUCAGAUUCCAAAACUGUAAAACCAAAACUGAACCAUUAGACCCACACACGCACUCAGCAUUAAUCGACAAAAUUCCCCAGCUUCACCGAUUCGUUUCUUCAAAAAAUCGCUUCUUCUUCUGCAUGUGAAUGUGAUUCUUCGAUCUAAAAAUCUCUCAUUUUGGAGGUGACGCCAUCAUCAUCAAUUAAUGGAGGCGAUACUGGCAUGCGCGUUAGAGUACACGCUCAAGUACUGGCUCAAAUCUUUCUCUAGAGACCAGUUUAAGCUUCAAGGCCGGACAGUGCAACUUUCUAAUUUAGAAAUAAAUGGAGACGCUUUGCACGCGAGUAUGGGAUUGCCGCCGGCGCUGAAUGUGACAAAGGCGAAAGUAGGCAAAUUCGAGAUAAUUCUUCCGUAUGUAAGUUAUGUACAAGUAGAGCCGAUUGUUAUUCAAAUUGAUAAGCUCGAUUUGGUCUUAGAGGAGAAUAGUGAUUUAGAUGGGAGCAGCAGUCCCAACAGUUCGCAAUUGUCUGGUGGUUCCAGCAAGAGUAGCGGUUAUGGAUUUGCUGAUAAGAUUGCAGAUGGAAUGACCAUUCAGAUUACCACUGUUAAUCUUCUACUUGAAACACGUGGGGGUGUUCAACGUGGGGGAGGGGCUGCUUGGGCUUCACCACUGGCAUCAAUUACUAUACACAACCUUUUCUUAUAUACCACAAAUGAAAACUGGCAGGUAGUAAACCUUAAGGAAGCACGUGACUUCUCCACUAACAAAAAGUUCAUAUAUGCAUUCAAGAAACUUGAAUGGGAAUCUUUAUCUGUUGAUCUCCUGCCUCAUCCUGAUAUGUUCACCGAUGCCAGUUUAGCUCGUGCUGAGGAGGGAGCCUCCCAGAGAGAUGAUGAUGGUGCAAAGCGAGUUUUCUUUGGGGGAGAACGUUUUCUGGAAGGAAUAUCUGGAGAGGCUUAUAUCACAAUGCAGAGAACUGAACUAAACAGUCCACUAGGGCUUGAGGUUCAGUUACAUAUUCCAGAAGCCAUCUGCCCUGCAUUGAGUGAACCAGGACUACGUGCUCUACUUCGCUUCAUGACUGGGUUAUAUGUGUGUCUUAAUAGAGGAGAUGUUGGUCUACAGGCUCAGCAGCGAUCUACAGAAGCAGCAGGAUGUUCUCUAGUCUCAAUUGUUGUUGACCACAUAUUUCUCUGCAUCAAAGAUGCUGAGUUCCAGCUUGAACUUUUGAUGCAGUCUCUCCUUUUUUCCCGGGCCACAGUAUCUGAUGGAAAAAUUGCCAAUAAUCUGACAAAGGUUAUGCUUGGUGGAAUGUUCUUGAGGGACACCUUCUCACGCCCUCCUUGCACUUUACUGCAACCAUCCCUGCAAGCUAUCACAAAAAAUGUUGCACGGAUUCCUGAUUUUGCAAAGGAUUUUUGCCCUCCUAUAUAUCCUCUGGGAGACCACCAGUGGCAGAAAAGUGUUGGUAUUCCUUUGAUAUGCCUCCACUCUCUUCAGGCUAAGCCCUCGCCAGUUCCACCAUGUUUUGCUUCACAAACAGUUAUCACAUGUCAGCCUCUUACGAUUCACCUUCAAGAAGAAUCAUGUUUGAGGAUAUCUUCCUUCUUAGCUGAUGGCAUUGUUAUCAAUCCUGGGGAUGUGUUACCUGAUUUUUCAGUAAAUUCCUUGGUAAUUGUUCUCAAGGAAUUAGAUGUUAUUGUUCCGUUGGAUGUGAGUCAAUCAAACAACCCAACUGAAAAUGGAAACUCUACUUUUCACAAUGUGUUUGCUGGAGCAAGGCUUCGCAUUGAAAAUUUGUACUUCUCAGAGUCGCCAACACUAAAACUCAGGCUACUGAAGCUGGAGAAGGAUCCUGCUUGCUUUUAUCUCUGGGAGGGACAACCAAUUGAUGCUAGCCUGAAAAAAUGGACUACUGGAGCAUCGCACCUUACACUGUCUCUGGAAACAUCUACCAACUUAAAUGGGACACCGAGUUCCAAUGGGAUGAGCUCAGGCUCAUGGAGAUGCAUUGAACUACAAGAUGCUUCUGUGGAAGUUGCCAUGAUAUCGGCUGAUGGGAGUCCAUUGACAAAUGUUCCUCCCCCUGGUGGUAUUGUCAGAGUUGGAGUUGCAUGUCAACAAUAUCUUUCCAACACUUCUAUUGAGCAGCUAUUCUUUGUCCUUGAUCUUUAUGCAUAUUUUGGCAGGGUUUGUGAAAAGAUUGUCUCAGUUGGCAAGGAUAAGAGACCAAAGAUAACUAGGAAUGGAUCUUCUGGUGUUAGGAUAAUGGAUAAGGUUCCCUGUGACACUGCAGUAAGCUUAGCAGUGAAUGAACUUCGACUUCGAUUUUUAGAAUCUUCUGCCUCAGAGAUUGAGGGAAUGCCUUUGGUUCAAUUUACUGGGGAAGAUCUUUACAUAAAAGUUUCUCAUAGAACCCUUGGGGGUGCCAUUGUUAUUUCAUCCUCUGUGUACUGGCAGAGUGUUGAGGUGGACUGUGUAGAGACUGAGGGAAGCUUGGCACAUGAAAAUGGCAUGCUGACAAGUUCUGUUGAAAAUGGUUGUCUUGUAACUGCGAAUGGAUACCCUCAACUAAGAGCUGUGUUUUGGGUGCAUAAUGGACAGAAAUACCAAGCAAAUGGUAUUGCUUGUACAAUCCCAUUUCUAGACACAAGCAUGGUACACAUGAUUCCAUUAAGUGAACAGGAUCAAGAGUGCCACAGUUUAAGUGUUUCUGCCUGUAUAUCUGGUGUUCGCCUGGGUGGAGGAAUGAACUAUGCUGAAGCCUUACUCCAUCGGUUUGGAAUAUUGGGGCCCGAUGGUGGUCCAGGGGAGGGGCUUUCUAAAGGGCUAGAAAAUUUAUCAACUGGGCCACUUUCUAAACUUUUUAAAGGGUCCCCUCUUAUUGAUAAUCUAAAAGAAGAUGGAAGUUCAAUAGAUGGCAAAGAUGGAGUUUUACAACUCAGAUUGCCAGAUGAUGUGGAUGUGUGCAUAGAAUUAAAAGACUGGUUAUUUGCUCUUCAAGGUGCACAGGAGAUGGCAGGUGGGUGGUUCUUUUACAACAACAAAGAUGUGGGAAGAGAAGAGAGGUGUUGGCACGCAUCUUUCCAAAGUUUGAAGUUAAAAGCGAAAAGUAGUCCGAAGAUAGAGUUGAAUGGAAAAGAAAAACCAAAUGGAAAACUGAAAUAUCCUGUGGAAUUAGUUACAGUUGGUGUGGAAGGCUUGCAGACAUUGAAGCCACAGGGACAAAAGGGCAUUUCUAUGCCUGCAAAUGGGAUAAAGGAAGUUGUGGAGACAUCGGGAGGAAUCAAUCUUGAAGUUCAGAUGGUGGCAUCGGAGGAAAACAUUGAUGAUGAGAUGGCCAAUUGGGCCGUGGAAAACUUGAAAUUUUCUGUCAAGCAACCAAUUGAGGCUGUUGUGACCAAAGAUGAGUUCCAGCACCUUGCUUUGUUGUGCAAGUCAGAAGUUGAUGCGAUGGGUCGGAUAGCUGCUGGUUUCCUGAGGCUACUCAAGUUUGAACGGUCAAUUGGCCAGUCAGCCAUAGAUCAACUUAGCAACCUUGGAAGUGAGGGCUUCAACAAGAUUUUCACCCCAGACAGGCUCAGCAGGGGUGCUAGUCCUGCCAUCAUUGCUUUCUCUCCGUCAUCGUAUCUGAUUAAUGAAAGCCCACAAACAACCAUGGAAUCAACAGCAACUUCCCUCGAGGAAGCACUUUUGGAUUCACAGGCCAAAUUGGCUGCCCUUAUUACUGAUUUAUCCAGUUCAGAAUCGUCUAUACAGCAUCUUGCUGAUGUUAAACAACUAAGUCAGAAGCUUGAAAACAUGCAAAGUUUGGUGAUGCAAUUACGGACCAAAAUCUGAAUGAUCUCAAUUCCUUGCUGGAAUGUUUUGGGAUACAAAUGGAUGCAAUGGAUAUAGUACACCGAUUCUUUCUUGUAUAUAUAUUAUAGGCAUAGAUGCAUGAUGAGUAUUACAAUGAGGCAAAAUCGAGAUAUUUUCAAUUGUUGUAAAAAAUUUUGUAUCCUAGGUGACCAGUACCAUAUGAGUUAUAGUUCAAUUUUUC